AUGGAGCAUGCUCGUGGGGAAGGUCGUGGCUCAUAUAUUUGGGGAAGGUCUAUUCACAAUGUCCGUAUUGAACGUUUAUGGGUUGAUAUCAGCCAUUACUGCAGUCAAACAUGGCAUGAUAUGCUCACGCUCCUUGAAAUAAAUCAUGGUCUCCAAGUCUCAAACCCCAACCAUAUAUGGCUGCUUCAGCAUCUUUUCCUACCCAUAAUCAAUGAACAGCUUACCUUUUGGGCAGAGUCUUGGAACCGUCAUCGAGUGUCACAGCGUACUGGUCCAGCCCGUAGUCCAGAAGAUAUGUUUGUAUUUGAUUCGCUUGUCAAUGGCAUCCGAGGUGAGGAUCUUGGCCAAUUCGCUAUGACUGAUGAAGAGCUAGAGGUGUUUGGGGUGGAUUGGGAGGGACUACAGGACGAGACACUGUUGCGAACACUUCGGUCGCACUAUGCAGAUGAAGGAUCAGGCUCUUGGCUUGGCCGCAGAGGCCCCCCACCAAAUCUCAAUGAAGUAGCAGUGGACCCACCAUCAGCCCUUCUUACGCCUGAACAGGUUACUUUCCUUGAUCAGCAGCUUCAACAUUAUAUUCGCCUGCCCCGCGAGCAGGAAGUAGUCAAACUUUGGAUUGAUGCCUUAGCUAUUGCAGCAACUAUGUAUCCCAAUGAGUUUUAG